AAUCGCUUUGUGUGCUGGUGCGCGGCGGGCUACAGCGGCCAUCGCUGCGAGUACGAGAUCAACGAGUGCAACCGCAACCCGUGCCAGCACGGCGCGACGUGCAUCGACCAGCUGGGAGCGUAUGAGUGUCGCUGCGUGCCGGGGUACGAGGGCGCGCAGUGCGAGGUCGACAUCAACGAAUGCUCGCCAAAUCCUUGCUACAACAUCGGCCUCUGCAAGGACCUCAUCAACGGAUUCAAGUAUGUUAUGUCUGCAAGUGCGCCGUACACGGGCCGCACGUGCACCGAGAAGCUGGACCCCUGUAACCCGCCCAAGUGCAGGAACGGCGCCACCUGCCGGCCGACGCCCAACUACAUGGACUACACGUGCGACUGCAUACCGG